AAAGUAUGGCGCGAAAAAUCGCCACGCUAUUGUUACUUUUUGCUUACGGCUCCUGUAUGGAGAUGCGGGAGACGGUAGAACGAAUGGUCAUGGUCCGAACCACGGGCUCUGACCUUCAGCCGGCAGCCACCGGCUACAUUUACAAGAAAGAAAGUGACGGUCCCGCGAGCGUUGUCAAAAUGGGUGAGAGUGAAGUGAUUGAACAUUUUUCUAAACUGUAUACCAAGCCUGAGGCAUAUAAAGCGCCGCUUCCCGCCGCUGCAGGCCCAUUUUACGCAAAGGAGGAAGAUGAAGACAAAGCUGCAUCAGAUGCGACAGAAGAGCAUGUCAAACCUGUUGAAGAGAAUAUAGACGAACAUGACGAUCACAUUGAUGGGAUAGCGGCCGAAAACUAUGAUAAGAUCUUCGAGGAAUACGCGAAAAAAUAUGGAUCGGGAUACAAAAACGACUUCUCAGAUUAUAUACACGGAUUAGGUCAUUUUGACCAUGGUAUUUACCAUGGGUACGGAGGUGGAAAGGAUUAUGGUUUGAAAGGAUACCAUGGUUAUGGGGAAAAAGGGCAUGAAGGGUUUGGAAAACAAAAUCAUUUUGAGAAAGGGGAUGCAGGGAAUUACCACUCUGAGGAGCACGAUGGGUUUGCAGUAUCUAAAGAGGGAGGAAAGAAGCACCACUAUGACGAAGCCGACGCUCACGGGAAGCACUACGCUCAAGGGCAUGGAUAUAAAGGAGGAGAUCAUGGGUACAAGGCUGAUCACAGCAAAGGAGAAGCGGUCGAUGGAUUUCACAAGGUCUUCGACAAGAACGAAUUCAAGAAGGACCAUGACUUUUAUGAUGCAGAAGGUGUCAAAGGCAACCACCACAAGUAUGCAGACGGACACGCCAGCUAUGGAUCAGCGGCCGGCGGAUUCGAGAAAGGAGGAUCUCAUGAUUCAGGGCACAUCGAGAAAGGUUUCGGGAAGGGAAGAUUUGUUGACAAGGAGUCCGGAGAUGAACAUGGCGCAGAGCACUCCUCAGAGGCUGGGGGAGAGUCCCACCACCAUCACGGAGCACAUUUCGGCGCUAAAGGUGCAGAGCACGCAGGCAAGAGCUACGGCUUCGAAGUCAAGCACUGAGACAACGUUGGUGAUAUUUGUUAUAGUUUUGUUGAUUGUUUCCUAAUGUAUCUUUUUGUAAAUAUGUGUAUUUUUAGAUAAAAUGUAAGCC